CAAGUGAUGACCGGCUGCAGUCAGUCAAGGCCCGAUCCCACUCUUCAAGUGCAAUCAUGUCUUCGAACAAUCGAGAGUAUGCUGAAACACCCCACCUUGUGUACACCUACAGACACCACGCUAAUGUCCGGACGUCAAAGUCAAGUGAUUUGAUGGCUUGUGAGCAUACUUAAGAAUGUCGUCGACCUGGUGCAAAUCACACAACCAUCGCCAUCCCCGAUACAAUCUUGUAUUCUUGACACACCAGCAAUCAUGCCUUCGGCUAUCUCUCCUCCCGCAUUCACUCCUCUCAAGGACACCAUUCUCUUCAAAUCAUGGAAGCUGGGAAAUAUCACACUCGAGCACAAGUUGGUGCAGGCUCCGUUGACCAGAAUGAGGUGUACAAAGAACGAUGAGGGCAUCAACAUCCCAUCAGAUCUCAUGGUUGAAUACUAUGGCCAGAGAGCCAGCAAAGGAGGUCUUCAACUUACAGAAGCCACUGACAUUUCGCGUUAUGCGAGUGGUUAUCCAGGAGUUCCUGGUCUGUUCUCAGGAGAGCAGCUAACUGCUUGGAAGCGCGUGACGGAUGCCGUACACGCCAAGGGCGGCUACAUCUUCUGUCAGAUGUGGCAUACCGGACGCGCCUCCCCGGCUGGACUCCUUGGUGGUCAGACGCCCCUCAGUGCCAGUAACAUCCCCAUUUCGGGCAAAGCACUUGACGGUACAGACUUCAGCGCCACACCACCCAAGGAGAUGACCACAGAGGAGAUCGCAGAGGUGGUUGCAGACUUUGGUACCGCCGCAAAGAGUGCAAUCGAAGCUGGCUUCGAUGGUGUUGAGAUUCAUGGUAAGCCUGUUCGAAUCUUUCAUCCUGCUCUUUAUCUGACGUUUGCGAUAGGUGCCAACGGCUACUUGCUGGAUCAAUUUCUUCACGAUAAUGUCAAUGUCAGGACUGAUACAUACGGAGGCUCAGUCGAGAACCGCUGUCGCUUCCCGAUCGAAGUCGUCAAAUCAGUCUGCGACGCUAUCGGCUCGCACCGUGUCGGCAUUCGUCUCUCGCCCUACAACUACUUUCAGGACACAAAGGACAGCGAUCCCAAUGCUCACUGGGCUCACCUAUGCGAACAACUUGCUUCUCUACCCCAACAACACAGACCAGUCUAUGUCCACAGUGUAGAGCCUCGCUUCGACGAAGUGCUUGACGAGCAGGCCAAGAUGGACGCUCUGUCAGCAUACGGUCCUGGCAAGGGUGUCGAAGCUGAGGCAACGCGCAAGAUUGGCCACUCGCUGUUGCCGUUCCGAAGAAUUUUGUCCAAGGCCGACAUCAAGUUUUUCGCGGCCGGUGCUUACACACGCGACAAUGCUGUGCCCAAGCUCGAAUCUGACGACGCGGACGCGAUUGUGAUGGGCAGAUGGUUCAUCGCCAACCCGGAUUUGCCCAGACGGUUGGCCGAGGGUCUGCCUCUCAACAAGUACGACAGAGACACGUUCUAUGGUGCGUCUCCGCCUCAGAAGGGCUACACGGAUUAUUCUUUCUUCGUCGGUGGAGCGCAGGCGUCGGCGUGAAAUACGGCAGACCACAGUCGCUGAGGUGCCUUGGACGUGUUUCCCACUAUUGAUU